AGUCUUUUGCCCUAACUCCCUAAGCUAUAGCUUGGCCCUUAACUGUAAAGAUAAGACUAAACCUCCUUAAGACUCAAGUCAAAACGUUUUUGGUAGAUCUUGCGGUGGUCUCAACUACACUUGAAGAGAAUGCAUUCGAAGACGAAACCACGUUUUACCCUGGUUACUUUGGCAGAUGCAUUGAUUGAUAUUUGAUAGUUUGUCAAUUCCUACCGAUACAGAUGACAAAGUUGAAGCACGAAAAUGUACACGCGUCCGUGUGAAAUUCGAUCGUGUUGAGUGAUGACUAACCCCACGUCAAUGCUAUUUACAUGGCGAAUAUUUUCCAUAUUUAAUGACAACAAUUACUGGCCUUCCUGUAUUGGGAGAAUAUAAACUAAUACGUAGACGAAAUUAUAUAAUACAAACGAAGCCAUCGCAUUGCGAUUCGGAACGAGAUCGAGUUACAGGAACCCCGCGUGGUUUGGGGGAGCCAUAGGAUGCUUAUUUGUUGCGUGUUUCAAUAGUGCCAAAUAGGAAUCUCACAUAUCCUACGCCAAGUCCUCACAAAGACUCGAGAAAAAAAGAAAAAUAAAUUAUAUGUUAAUUAAUGAGGCUUGCAAAUGUUUGUUGACUUGCGAAUUCCGGUGUGAUGGAAUAACAAGAGGGGCUUCUAGACUUUGAGUCUUAUAUUUUGACGACGAAGGCGUUCGGUUGAAGUGGCUUGCUUUUAAGUUAAGGAUCGAAUCUUAUAGGCAUAUAUUGAAAUAUUUUGAAUUCUGUAAAUGAAUUACCGAAGCGAAGCGACUUGUAACUCGGCCGCUUCGUAAAGCGCUUGACUCAAGAUAUGGCCGCAGUAAAACCGAUUUCCUGGUUGAUUUACGCACUGUUCAUAUUUAACCAUGAAGUGUUUGGACAGCCUCAAAACAAGAACCACGAUCUACGGUUGAUAUUAAUGUAUCGAAAAGUCAUCGACGACAAGAUGAAGUCGGCUCCGUGUACGGAGGACUUUAAUCUAUUGGGAAUGCAACACAUCUUGCAAGAUUAUUCAUUUUGGAACAAUGAAAUCAGAACAGUGAAUCAAGUUGCAAAUUACCUUACAUCGAUGUGGCGUUAUAAAGACAAACAUAAUCGUUCGAUAUUGGAGAAUGCGCCAGCUAUAUACACGCUGGCACAGAAUGUUGCAUUAUCGUCGAAAAAAAUCUUCGGUUCUGUCGUAUGCUUUGAUGAGGGAAAGUUUCAGGACAAGCGGCAAUUUUGCCCGUACGCUUUUAAGAAUAACUCGCAGGAGAAUCACACGAUCGUUCGCGAUCUAGGAAGACAAGCUGACUACCUUACGAAACCAACCAGUCAUCCAACCCAUGGUUUCUUAAAGUAUACUUUUGUGUGGUGGCAUGUUGGCCGUGAAUACCUUUCGAAAGGCGCAGAACUUGGCCAAAAAACCGUGUACUACGACUUAAACUUGGACAACCUCGGCAAUGCCAGUCAAAAUAUUUUCCCACAGGGAAAAUAUUAUAACAUCACUUCGAGUUAUAUUCCAAUGCAAUAUGGACGUUGGACAACGCCGUACUACGAUUGUUUUGGAGGGAAAACAUGGAUGAUCACCUAUCUGGCACCGUUUUACAACGAAUUGAAUGAAUUCUUAGGUUGUGUGAGCUUCGACAUCGAGCUCGACUCCAUUGAAAUCGACGAAUGUGACGCGCCACCCUCCAUUCGUCCUGAGCCGGACGGUGUUCGGAAAGUCCAGUUCUACGGAGCUCACGCGUGUCGAAACACUACGACAGAGUGUGUUCAUGUCCACGGAGGAGGCUUCAAGGGUGGAAACUAUCGUUGUGUCUGUCGAAAAGGUUUUUAUUUCCCUCGUCCGAAUGCAAGACAGAAGUAUUUUAAUGGACGCGAGGUUAUGGCGGCAAAAAGUAACGGUUCAAACUACAGUCUGUACGAUUGUUUACCGUGUCGUGAGGGAUGUGACGAGUGCGUGGAUGAUACGCCAUGUAUGUAUCAACGAAACAUGUCGCUAAGGACUGUGUUCUUGGUCAUCAAUGAAAUUAUCAAAGCCCUCGCUAUUUUCUUGGGUAUCUUCGUUUUUGUCUACCGGGAGAGUAAGAUAAUAAAAGCAUCCAGUCCUGUCUUCAUGGAAAUGAUAGCUUUUGGGAUCAUCCUAAUGUAUUUCGAGAUAACGCUGGGAUAUUUUCAAGACUCUGUCUUACUUUGCAUCGCAAGAUCCUGGCUCUACCAUGGUGGUUUUAUACUCGCCUUCGGAUCGCUUCUUCUGAAAACUUGGAGAAUUGCCGUAAUCUUUCGUCUGCGUACCGCAAAAAUGAUAGAGCUCACGGACAAGACCUUAAUCAAGUAUUUGUUGUUGAUGCUGGUCGCUGUGAUGUGCUACCUCAUGAUAUGGACCUGGACACAGACGCACGAAUUUGAAGUUAAGAAGACAAGCGGCGGAUAUAAAUACAGGCGCUGCGUUCGCGGAUGGUUCGCAAACGCCAUUGAAAUAGGUGAAGUGCUUCUUCUUCUCUGGGGAGUGUGGUUAUGUUUACGAGUUCGCAAUGCACCAUCGGCGUAUAACGAAAGUAAAUACAUUGCUUGGUGUAUUUACAACACCGUUUUUAUAAUGAUCCUGGUUGGGUUGUUGAGGAUCGUUUUGGAUAAUUUUCAUAACCCGGAUGUGUCGUAUGUUGUCGACUUUCUCUCGACUCACGUCGUAGCGACGAUCAUGCUGGUACUACUCUUCAUGUCUAAGAUCUAUCUCCUUCGAAAAUUCAAAAAAGACAUGAAGCGAAAACGCCGGUCGAACUCCGCGACGUCAACAAACGGAACGGAUCUUCGCAAAUCUCCAUUUCAUUUAAAUCGCCUGGUCGACGGCACCCUGGUGUGUGAGACCGAGGAAGAGAAAACCGUGCUGGGACUGGAAACCGAAAACGCUCAACUGCGGGAAGAAAUUCGCAAUCUGAGUGCAAAACUCGCCAUUUUUGAGAGUAAACUUGCCCGAGAAAGCAGACGAAAGGAGAGCAACACAAGCCCGGAAGACGACGACUUCAAAAUUCACAAUGCCGAUUUUCAAAUAGCUCUGGUCGACAGCGAGACGGAAAGCAGUCGGGAUUGCAACGGAUUCUCCAACAAGCGCCGAAGAAAGCGCUCGGUCGCCGCCGACAGCACGACGAGUAACGGAAGCGUUUUCACGCGCGAGGAAAAAGGCGGGAGCUUGAUUGAGGACAUCAAAAAUGCAGGAAAACAGGAGCAUUUUCUGGUGAUCCCGAAACAGAACAGCAAUUCAGACGAGGAGACACUGACUGUGAUGUCGAAUAUCUCAAAUGAAUCCACGUGACGGUUUUGAACACUGCCUAAGGCACUCUCAUCGGAUACGAUUUGUUCUAGCCGACUCUCAUUCUGACGAAUUGAAACGAGUGCCUAUGUAACAUUUCGCAAGUGAAAUAUAUGGAGACUGGAACGACAACUUGGAAGCCACUAUCUUGAAAGCUGAAUUUAACGUCAAAUUGGCUCCAAAAAUAACGGCGGCCGAUUAACCGUCAAUUAUCGUUUCAGUUACUGCAUAGAGUUCACUGGCGAAAUUUGAACAAAAUCUGACGUCUGUACGCAUGCUCACUCGAUCACAUACGCCAGGGUAAGAAUUGUAUACGACGAAACCACUGACCUAUAUUAUCUAGUGUAGGUCAGUAGACGAAACGCCUAUUGUAAAUAGACCUGUAUAAAUGGCCGAUUAAAUUCUAGCAUUCGCAGCUUAUGGUGGACAAAUUUAAGCGUCGCGAAUGAGUAGACUUUACCUAUUUAUACGAGUGCUGGCCUUAGCUAUCCUCGCGCAAAAUUCCGAUCGAAAUUUUACAAUAUUUUAACACUCUUGAAGUAAUUAACUGUAAAAAAAACAACAAUAUCCUCUGGCUUGUGCCAAAUAAUUUAGAAAUAUUGCCCGGACAUGGUUUGCGCAAGAUAGAUAAAUAAGUAGCAACGAACACAGUAGAUAACUAGCUUUCGGAUAAUCGCUGUUUCGGUUAGCCCCUGAAACACGGUUGAAAUAGUUUAAAGGCUUUCCAAUAAUUGACUGCCGCUUCCUGAAAUUUUGC